GCCGGCUGCCUUCUCCCGCCCCCCUCUUGUCCCGCUGUAACAGCGAUAAAAACUGUAGGAUUUUUAUACGGCCUUCACUCCAGGGUUUGAGGUUUAAUAAGCUGGUCCGUACGGCAGUGUAAUUAGCAAUGUUUUGUGUAUGCACGCAUUUAAAAAAGCCCGACGCUUUUCAACGGGAGGGAGCCCGUGGAAAAAUACCCUGAUGCUUUAUGAACUGAAAAAGCCCUAGGGUUAAGGAGUGCUAGCAACAAACUUAUUUCUCUGUGGUACGGUUUACAACUGUUAAUGUGCUAAAGCAUAAUUAAGAGCUGCAGAAUAGACAAGCCUUUGGUUGUGGUUGGGCUCGGACCUGUAAUGGGAAAGCAGGAGGGAAAGCCUGUGCAUGUGCAAAAACUGGGGCCGGGGGGUGGGGGGGAGAUCCCUUCCUGCUCGACUGCUCAUUCAGCCACACAGCAGCGUUUCAGUGUGACCUGCCUGCCCUUCCAGCUGACAAUGUUUCAAAUCCUGAAGGACUUUGGAGAGGGGGAGAGAAGAACACACAUAGGAGCCAUCGGACCUUUUUGGUGGUACUAACCAAGGUACGAGCAUCUGUCUAGAAUGUCCAGGCAUGCACAACAGCUUAGAGACCAUGAUAUAAAUCCAUGUGUAGCGGAAACAGAUGCCUCUAGAAAAUGUAUGGAUGACAACAACUAUAAAAAGGAUAUGUGUACUGCUUAUUUCUUGAAGUACAAAAGCUGCAGAAAAUUCUGGCAUGAUGUUAUGAUGCAAAGGAGAAGAAACGGUGUGAAACCAGAGAUGCCCUCAGCAGAAGAGAGAGAGAAAAUAUUGGAAUCAACGGGGAAGCCCUACUGACUAGAAACUUGCAUUGAUUGACUGUUUUUACUGUACCUAUGAAGACUUGCAGCAGCAAGUUGCUCUUUUAUGAACUGGACUUUAUAGUUGCCAUAUCUUGGAUUAAAAUAAGCUCUUAAAUUUUGAAAUGUGUGAGCUUUCUAGGAUAGAACGUCUUGAUUUUAUUCAUAUUCCCUUUCAUGGAAACAUGGCCUCUCACUGGAAGACAUGGGUAUCAACACAGCUUAUGUCUAGGCACUCUGGAAGUAGAAACUAACUUGCUGUGAAAUGCUAAAUAUAAAAUUAAUGGGACUCGCAGAAAGUACAUUUGAACAGAGGGGGCUGGUGAGUGUUGCAGUGUAGUUGUAAGGAUGGAGCAUGUUGAGAGACUGGUAUGUGCAACAUGUUUCUUGUAUCCAGCUAUUCUGCCAUAGGUAGUAGUAACUGUGGAUUUAUCAUGGGUGAUCCCGUCACUGUUUUCACAUGAGUUGUAUUCUGUGUCCCUGGUUUAAAUAAGACUGUGAACUAAAAUCCCAAAUCCAACAAGCUUGUCAUGAGGUCUGCCACCGCACUCAUCAGCGACAGCAGAAGCUUCCUAUAAAUCACAUCCGUGAGCUUUGCUUGUUACAAGGUUAGAGAGGUUGAUGAAGAUAGAACUGAACUCCUCAGGUCUGAACUGAAGAGUGCCUUCUGUGGAUAGUAAAUAGAUACUUUGCUGGCAGGGGGGCUUGUAGACAUGUAAACAUAUACUCUGAGUGACAUGGCAGGUUUAACUAUAGUACAUUUAUCUAAGACUCUCUGGACAGCUGAAGCCCUGGGUUUGGAAAUGCUUACUCAUACAAGACUACAAAGCUCAGUUUGAACAGGUACUCUGAUCUUAAGUAAGAUUAAUUCCUUAACUCAACAACUGGUAAGCGUAAAGGGCUUGCUGUCUGGUGGAAACACUGUUUUCUUACCUUCAGUACUUUCAGGUGUCCUGGCUUAAAAGCUUGCACCCUGUGGCAAAACAGAAAAACCACUGUCAUGAGCUCAAGUUCCAUGUGAAAUCCUUUAGGACUUACUGUGAUCAAGUUGGCAGAACUCUGGCUGACCUCAUGGAGGAUGGUGUAAAAGUGUUGUCUCUCUAUUUAGACUGUUUUGGAAAGACUUCAUGGCUUCCUGCUUCUCCUUCUGCCUGGCUUGUCUUGUUUCUUUCCACUGGAGGCCAAUUUCUUUGCCUAGUGGGAUUUUUACGCUGUUUCUACCUUUCCCUUGUUAUUUGACCUGACUGGUCAAAUAAUGGCGAUCUACUUCUCUUUCUCUCUGUUCUGCUUCUACAUCUAAAUUUUGGAAUGGAUUGAUCAUACCCUUUCUGUGGCUGGAAUGAGUGUGUAACUCUAUGCCUUUUGAAUACACAGGUCCCUGAGCAUAGCUGUGCAGCCUCCAAGCCAUGUCACAAGUUUUCUAGUCAGUUUCUGUAAAGGGAAGCAGACUUCCUUCAAUCAAGAUCAUCAGAUUCUUUAUUUUAAAUUACUUUCUCUGCACUUAAAAAUCAAACUUUGACUUUUUUUGUGAAACGGAGAAGAAACUUACGGAUUCAAAGGCUCUUUCUUGCCUGCCACCUUCUUCCCAUGCCCUCCUACCUACCAGUCUUUCCUUUUUUCCUUUUUUUUUUUUUUUUUUUCUCCCAUUUGGCACAAAUCCUUCUUACAGAUUUGAGCAUUUUGGCCUGUUCUCAUUCCAACUUUAUUUUUUUUUCCUGGUAACUUUGUUCUGUUUCUGAUCUAAUGAAGUCCUACAAUGACUUCCUAAUACAGCUCCUCCUGAAGGUCUUGUGUUCUCUGCUCUCCCUGUCUUAGUGGGAGGAGAACUUGCUUUCAUUUGCCGAACUUGGCUGUAAUACUUCCUCAUUGGCCUUGCCUCUGUGUGGUCAUCUUGUUCAUCUGCAGUUUUGGGGGAGCCAAAUGUCCCCUUUUCCUUAGGACUAUGCCUCUCUGGACUCUGCUGGUUUUGCUGCCUCACUUAUCUACAGGCACCUUCUCUCCCACUUGGCACAAGUUUGUUGUUUGGCACCUCUGCUGUAUCUUCGGGCAUGUUCUUUGCCUCUGGUUUUGGCUACAAUUCUAGUGCUUGCUGUUUUCCUCUUGCUGUGCUCAUACGUUCUGGGCUUAUGUUAAAAUCUACUGUAUCUUUUAGUUCUAUGCUAGAAAAACAUCUCCUCUGGAGGUGUUUAUGCUGAUUCUUCCUUGCGUAAGCUCAAGUUCCUUGAAGUCAUGUCAUUUACCCUAUGUUUUCCUUGCAAGUUUUCUUUGUGUGUAGAAAUGCCCUUUUUCCUUGGCUAAUUGUUGUGUUUACAAUUUUUUCCUGCCAAUGUUUAUUUGGAAAGCUUCCACUGGUUUUGUUUUCUUUUAAUGGAUGGAUGAUUGACUUUAGACUUUAAUAGA